AAGGGCCCGUGAAAAUAGAAUUUUCCGUUUUUGUAGGUUGUUCGUAUUCGUGCAUCAAAUGGAAAAACCCUAAUUUAUAACCGCCAAAACCAUUACUAUGUAUGAUAAAGUUGGGCAUCGCGACAAUUGAUUAAGUCCGAAUAGUGAACAGGGCUUAGAAAUUAGAUAUGAAGAUUGCAGUGGAAGGGUGUAUGCAUGGAGAUUUGGACAAUGUAUACGCAACUCUUUUGCAUUUGCAAGAAGUAGAGAACACGAAAAUCGACCUCCUUAUUUGCUGCGGUGACUUUCAGGCUGUUAGGAACGAGAAUGAUUUGGAAAGCUUAAAUGUGAAACCUAAAUAUCGUAGCAUGAACUCGUUUUGGAAGUACUACUCAGGGGAAAAAGUAGCUCCAUAUCCAACUAUAUUCAUUGGUGGAAAUCAUGAAGCAUCUAAUCACCUGUGGGAACUAUACUAUGGAGGCUGGGUGGCGCCUAAUAUAUACUUCUUGGGGUUUGCUGGAGUGGUCAAAUUUGGCAAUAUUCGUAUUGGUGGACUAUCUGGAAUUUAUAAGGCCCAACAUUAUCAUUUAGGACAUUAUGAGAGGCUUCCUUAUAACGAGAAUGAUAUCCGGUCUAUAUAUCAUGUACGUGAAUAUGAUGUUCACAAGCUCAGCCAAGUUGAGGAACCAAUUGAUAUAUUCCUUUCACAUGAUUGGCCUCUUGGUAUCACUGACCACGGGAAUUGGAAGGAGCUUGUGCGAUAUAAGCCCUUUUUCAAGCAAGAGAUACAGGAAAGAACCCUGGGAAGUAAACCUGCUGCAGAAUUGCUGGAAAAAUUGAAACCAGCUUAUUGGUUUUCAGCACACCUACACUGCAAAUUUGCUGCUCUAGUUCAACAUGGAGAGGCAGGCAUGGUCACAAAAUUUCUUGCACUUGAUAAGUGCCUCCCAGGACGCAGAUUUUUGCAGAUUAUUGAAAUUGAAUCGGAGCCAGGACCUUAUGAGAUUCAGUAUGAUGAAGAAUGGCUUGCAAUAACAAGGCAGUUUAACCCUGUAUUUCCUGUAACCAACAGACGUGCAUAUUUUGGGGGUGUACAAUUUAACAUGCAAGAAUGUCGCCAAUGGGUCAGCAAUAAGCUACAAACAAGAGGGGCUAAACCUUUUGAGUUUGUGCGGACAGUACCAUGCUACAAUCCCUCUCAGUCUGUUUCUAAUGGUUCCUUUAUGGGAUAUAGUAGAAACCCUCAAACAGAAGCUUUUUUGCAGUUUCUAGAACUUCCUUAUAUUCUUGACAACUACACAUCAGAAUCAAGGGAACAAACCCGUAGUCCGGCUUCCUUUGUUUCUACAGGUGUAGGUUCCUUUGACCAUGACAGUGACGUGGAUGAAAUAGAAGAACUUGCUGAAGCUCAUGAUGCAGAAACCCAGGAGGAAAUUUUAUAGAACUUUGGUGUACCAUUUUCUCAGCCAUGUCCACUUUUUUUUUUUGGGAAAAGCAAGUUUCUUCUGUAUAUAUGAACAGAGUUCACCAGCCUCUGCCUGAUGACGAACACAUUUUGAAUUGUCUCUUCUAUCUGUAUCUGUCUUUCUUUUGUCUUGCAUGUCCUUUGAAUUGUCUAAAUUUCCUGCUUUUAAGCCUCUAGUUUUAUGUACAUGGCCGAGAAUUCUCAAAGUUCUUGGACAUGUGAAAAACUACUCCAUACUUUGUACCAGUAUGCAUUUCUGUAAGACAUUUUGUGGACAUUAUAGAAAACUGUUUUCUUACAGGA